UUACUGUUUAACAGAAACCAUCAGAUGAAUGCUGUCCAGUCCAUAAAUAGUGUAUUUAUGUUUAGAGGACAUGUUAGGACAAGGGUGUACAGUACAUUUAACAGAGCAGGCUUUUCCACCUCUUACAAGUCAACACUAAGUCGGAUAGAUCAGAUAUGUGAAUCCUUUGAUAUCCCUGUUAAGAACUGGGCAAAGGCAGUUUCUGAACAACACAAUCAGGACACUAGCAGUACAGACUUAUCAUCAAGUGAUCACUGUUAUGCACAAACAGUUGAAAGAGACAACGAGCUAGUGACUCCAAGUACACCAUUUACAUGCAGUGAGGAAUCACCAGUUAUCUAUAUAGCCGAACCAAUUUCAACCUCUGCAGCUUCUGACAGCAACGUACAAAUGGAUACAUCUUUACAGAAAACUCCAGGAAAUUAUAUACUCCAGGACAACACUAGUCCAGUUGAUCACUGUUAUGCACAAACAGUUGAAAGAGACAACGAGCUAGUGACUCCAAGUACACCAUUUACAUGCAGUGAGGAAUCACCAGUUAUCUACAUAGCCGAACCAAUUUCAACCUCUGCAGCUUCUGACAGCGACGUACAAAUGGAUACAUCCUUACAGAAAACUCCAGGAAAUUAUAUACUCAAGGAUAACACUAGUCCAGAUAUGGAUUCACCAUUUACUACAACUGCAGAUGAAGCAAUUUCUGGAAACACCUCCUUUGAAAUAGUUAUGGACAACUUAAAUUGUCGACAGAAGACUAGACAUAAAACACUUGAAACCAGUAAUAAAACUCACAAUCUUGUCCAUUCAAUAGCAGUUCAACAUAGAAUUACGGACAACACCAAAGACGCUCUCCAUCCACAAGCAGACAUUUUGUCUAUUCACAAUGAAGCCUUUAUACCAAACCAUGAAGACUAUGAAGCUUUGCAUUCAAAUUUCAGAAUAUUGAUCAAAAGAGCAUUAGUUGAAUUUGUACCUACACUUAAAGAUAGCCAAGAUUUAGUUGAGUUCCACAUACAGCACCCAUAUUCAGAGUUGUCAGCCAAAAAGAGUAAUGUUAUUCCCUUAGGUAUACUAGAAAAAGAUGAAAACAUAACAGAGCAGAUGAUACAAGUGGUUGAGCAUCUUCAGCAAUAUGUACCAAGAACAAAAGAUGGUAAAAUGAUGCCUAUUUUACUUGGUGGUGACGCUCUUAGUGUUGAGAGGGGAGAAGCAGCCAGUCGUGCAAGGCUUGAUGCUAUCACAGCUGAAGAUGGGUUGGAUAGCUUUAUUUGGAAAAGUGAGGAUUGGCACGGGCAUGUUAUAUCUUUACAGGAAUCAUACAACCUUUUGUAUAAAGGAUCUUCAUCAGGUGAAAAGGGAACUCUGUUUCAGCUGAGGAAUCAGUUCGACAGACGUGGCGUUAAUUCAGAGGUGAAGAAUGCGGUCAAUGAUUGCCGUGAGAUUUUAAGGUUUGUAACCAAAGGUCACAUUCUGUUAGCAGCAAUGCAGAUUCUUGGGCUAACAUCAUUAGAUGACUUUGAGACGAAAGUUGGAAAAGACGAUAUAGAAAAGAAAUCUUUUCUGGAUAAGCUUGCCAAUGACAUUGUUACCCAGUUUGUUGCAACCAAAGAGUUAAAGUUUGAUCAGAUUGGAAAAGAUCAGCAGGAAAAUGACAACAGAGUAAAAUGUGGAUACCCUGGCUGUCCAAAAACAUUUGCCAUAGAUGGAAGGUGCCGACAAAAGCACAGAGAUACCUGCCAGUAUAAACAUUUUCAACAUCUGUCCGAAGGAAAUCCUGCUGGCAACACAAGUUCCAGUAAUUCAGAUACCACAAACACCAGCUCAAAAAAGGAGGAUUUUAAGUUCAAUUAUGCCUGUAAUGUUUUAAGAGAGGGCUUGAUGGACUGGAAUCGAGAUGAUGCUUCCAAGGAGAACGAUGGAGAUCGCCUUAUAAGAAUGUGGAGGUUUGACAUGCUAAAAUUUUCCAUGACAAAUCAUACAAAGUACUGUCAGCUAGCUUUCAAACUGCAGGCACAACUAAUGGCCCUACUUCCUCCAAGACUAGCUUUUGAGAUGAAGCACAAUAGAUCUGUUAGUAUUCAUGGUACUCAAGGUGGAAACGUUCCUGGUGACCAAGCCCUGGAGUUUAUGAAUAUACGUGCUAAAGAUGCAUUAGGCUCUUUGCACGGAAAUAUGACAUCAUCGUCAAUUCAACGUAUUGGUCGUAGUUUGCAGGGAUGCAACCACAUCUUAGAUUGCUAUUCUAAAGGACUAGACCAGUACUUUGGAAAACCAUCAAACUGGAAGCCAUCACUUAAGAAGGACAUUGAUAUGGUUGUUAACCAGUUGAAAGACGAAAAUUUGUUUGACAGAAAUCCUGGUCGCUACUUUCGCUCGUUUGACAACAUCGAAUUUGAAACUUUAGGCAAGUUGAAUGGAAACAAGUUGUAUAAGUGGUUGACUGGAAAGAAGGAGCAGUAUGCCAUCAUUCAGAGAACAAGGUCUUAUACUGUAUAAACUGAACCAGGACUUUUCCCUAGUGCAAUAGUUGUUUUAACUGUCUUUCUUGUAUUUUACUCGCACAGUGUAGCGCAAUAUUUCAUUUUUAAAUAAGUGACAUGGGUUUUUUGUCAGUGUUUGUUUUCCUGUACAAUAGUUACUGAUUUUGUAAAACAUUUGUUACAAGAAGAGAAGUUAGAGUAACGCAAUAUAGAUUUUUUAUUUUGAGCAAAUGAGUUAGUGCAAGUUAAUAUUGUGAUUCUUUGGGUUUUGUUAUAUGUUAACAUGAGUUAGUGCAUAUCAAUAUUGUGAUUACUUGAAUUUGUUUUGUGAUGAAAUGAUUUAGUGCAAUGCAUUAUUGUGAUUUUUAGGUUUUGUUAUAUAUUAACAUGAGUUAGUGCAAAUAAAUAUUGUGAUUACUUGAAUUUUUUUUGUGAUGAAAUGAGUUAGUGCAAUGCAUUAUUGUGAUUUUUUGGGUUUUGUUAUAUGUUAACAUGAGUUAGUGCAAAUAAAUAUUGUGAUUACUUGAAUUUUUUUUGUGAUAAAAUGAGUUAGUGCAAUGCAAUAUUGUGAUUCUGGAUUUUGUUUCAAGUGAUCAUGACUUGGUGCAAUGCAAUAUUGAUCAUUGUUUUUAUUAAAGUAAAAAGGAGUUAGUGCAAUUUGAUAUUGUGAUUAUUUGGGUUUUUUUUAAAAAGCCAGCAUGAUUUAGAGCAAUGCAAUAUUGAUCACUGUUUUUUAAUUAUAGUAAAAAUGAGUUAGUGCAAUGCAAUAUUGUGAUUCUUUGUUUUUUUAUGUCAACAUGAUAUAGUGAAAUGCAAUAUUGAUCUAUAGUAAGCAUGAGUUAGUGCAUAUCAAUACUAUAUUGUUAUUAUUUGAAUUUUUUAAGUGUUAAGAUGAGUAAGGGAAAUGCAAUAUUGGUUAAUAUUUUUGUUUAGUGUUUGAAGGUAAUAUGAGGUUUUGCAAUGUAAGAAAAGUUGUUAAUAAUUUUGUUUGCCGUCUAUCUUUUUAUGUGUAUAGUGCAAUGAUGGUUCAGUUUCUGUUAGAUACGAAUUUGAACUGUAGUGUUUU